UCUGGUAUGUCUGAUAUGGAUUAUCCUUUGCAAGGACCAGGUUUGCUGUCAAUACCUAAUCUUCCAGAGAUCAGCUCAGUCCGCAGAGUCCCACUUCCCCCAGAGCUAGUGGAGCAGUUUGGACAUAUGCAGUGCAAUUGUAUGAUGGGAGUAUUUCCGGAAAUCAGCAGAGCUUGGCUGACCAUUGACAGUGACAUUUUUAUGUGGAACUAUGAAGAUGGGGGAGAUCUGGCUUAUUUUGAUGGCCUUAGUGAAACUAUUCUUGCAGUGGGUCUUGUAAAGCCGAAAGGAGGUAUCUUCCAGCCUCAUGUACGACACUUACUUGUUCUGGCUACCCCCGUGGAUAUUGUGAUUUUAGGGCUCAGUUGUGCUAAUAUACAAGCAGGUACUGGAUCGCUCAAUGACAGUAUGUCUGGCGGAAUGCAGCUGCUACCAGACCCUCUCUAUUCGCUCCCUACUGACAAUACUUACAUUCUGGCAAUAACAUCCACUGAUAACGGGCGUAUCUUUCUGGCUGGAAAAGAUGGCUGCUUAUAUGAAGUAGCAUACCAGGCUGAAGCAGGCUGGUUCAGCCAGCGCUGUAGAAAAAUUAAUCAUUCAAAGAGUGCGCUGUCUUUCCUUAUUCCUUCAUUGCUACAGUUCACAUUCUCAGAGGAUGAUCCUGUAGUCCAAAUCGCCAUUGACAACUCUCGAAAUAUCUUACACACCCGCUCAGAAAAAGGAGUACUGCAAGUUUACGAUUUGGGACAAGAUGGUCAAGGAAUGACCAGGGUUACUUCUCUUUCACAAAAUGCUAUAGUUUCUGCUGCUGGGAGCAUUGCCAGAACAAUAGAUCGUUCUGUAUUUAAGCCUAUUGUUCAAAUAGCAGUGAUUGAAAAUUCUGAAUCCAUAGACUGUCAACUACUAGCAAUCACACAUGCAGGUGUCCGACUGUAUUUUAGUACUUCACAAUUUAAGCAUCCAACAGCACGUCCCUCCAUGUUAACCUUGGUUCAUGUCCGUUUGCCUCCUGGAUUUUCAGCUUCUUCUAAUGUGGAGAAGCCCGCAAAGGUUCACAGAGCUCUUUAUAGCAAAGGGGUGCUGCUGAUGGCAGCUUCAGAAAAUGAGGAUAAUGACAUCCUGUGGUGUAUCAAUCAUGAUUCUUUCCCUUUUCAAAAGCCAAUGAUGGAAACACAGAUGACCACCCGUGUUGAUGGACAUUCCUGGGCUCUUUCUGCUAUUGAUGAAUUUAAAGUUCAGAAGAUUGUAACACCCCUAAAUAAAGACAUUAUUCCAAUAACUGAUUCACCUGUUGUUGUGCAGCAACACAUGCUGCCACCUAAGAAGUUUCUUCUGCUUUCAGCCCAGGGGAGCUUUAUGUUUCAUAAACUCAGACCUGUUGAUCAGCUGCGGCAUCUGCUUGUUAGCAAUAUAGGUGGAGACGGAGAAGAGAUUGAAAGAUUUUUCAAGUUGCAUCAGGAGGAUCAGGCCUGUGCCACUUGCCUUAUCUUGGCCUGUUCUAAUGCUGCAUGUGAUAGAGAAGUAUCUGCCUGGGCUACUCGAGCGUUCUUCAGGUAUGGUGGAGAAGCACAAAUGAGAUUUCCGUCAGCUCUGCCUCCUCCGAGCAAUGUUGGACCUAUUUUGGGUUCUCCUAUUCCUGCUAUGACAGGUCCAGGUGGAAGAUGGCACCAUUCCUCUGCCACUACUUACUCCAUUUGCUCAAAGGGUUCCCCCUUGACUGUUGAUAGUCCAUAUCCUAAUCUUAGUUUUUUGACAACACCUGGGCAAGGUUUACAACCUCCUAGUGUAUCAACUCCCAUGUUUCCUUCUGGGAAUUCCAUGUCUCACCCUGGUACAUCUAUUAGUGGAAUGAUGGGUCCCGAGAUAGUAUUUUCUGGAAGACACAAUGGCAUCUGCAUAUAUUUCGCUCGGAUUAUAGGAAAUAUUUGGGAUGGCAGUAUAGUUGUGGAGAGAGUUUUCAAAAGUGGCAAUCGAGAAGUUGUUGCAGUAGAAAGCAGUGUUCCAUCCCAUGUGCUGGAAUGUGUGCUACAAGAACUAAAAGGUUUACAAGAUUUUCUGGAUAGAAAUUCACAGUUUGCUACAGUAGGAGCCCUUGGAAACCCAAGCUUCAGCACACCAGCCAAUCUGCAACAGAGGCUGCUGGGUUUCAUGCGGCCUGAUGGUGGAAGUUCUCAGCAAGUCCAGCAAGAACUCCAGAGGAAAUAUCAUGCUGAGGCACAGCUGACUGAGAAGACCUCACUUCAAGGCAUCCAGCAGCUUGUUCGCAAAACCUGUCAGGCAUUGGCUUUAUGGAAGUUGCUGUGUGAGCACCAAUUCAGUGUUGUUGUAGGUGAGCUUCAGAAGGAACUUCAGGAACAUCUAAAGAUUACUGCUUUCAAAGACUUGGUAAUUAGAGACAGAGAGUUGACUGGAGCACUCAUUGCUUCUCUCAUAAACUGUUAUAUCAGAGAUAAUGCUGCUGUGGAUGGCAUCAUUGCCCAUUUGCAAGAUAUCUGUCCUCUUCUUUAUAGCACAGAUGAUGCUGUGUGUUCCAAGGCAAAUGAACUGCUUCAGCGGUCUCGACAGGCUCAAAGCAAACUGGAAAAAGAGAAGAUGCUAAGAGAGUCACUGAAAGAGUACCAGAAGAUCAGCAAUCAAGUAGACCUUGCUAAUGUUUGUGCGCAAUAUAGGCAAGUGCGUUUCUAUGAGGGAGUGGUAGAACUCUCUCUUACAGCUGCUGAGAAGAAAGAUCCCCAAGGUCUUGGCCUUCAUUUCUAUAAAAAUGGAGAACCAGAAGAAGAUGUUGUUGGACUCCAAGCUUUUCAAGAGAGAUUGAACAGCUACAAGUGUAUCACUGACACCCUUCAAGAGUUAGUGAAUCAAAGUAAAGCUGCUCCUCAGUCUCCCAGUGUACCCAAAAAGCCAGGUCCUCCAGUGCUGUCAUCUGACCCCAACAUGCUAAGCAAUGAAGAAGCAGGGCACCAUUUUGAACAAAUGCUAAAGCUGGCUCAGCGUUCAACAGAUGAGCUCUUCAGUAUUGCACUUUACAACUGGUUGAUACAAGUUGACUUGGCAGACAAACUGUUACAGGUGACUGCCCCCUUUUUGGAACCCUACCUUGUGCGGAUGACCAAGAUUGACCAAAACAAAGUCCGUUAUAUGGAUUUACUGUGGAGAUACUUUGAAAAGAACAGAAAUUUUAGUAAUGCAGCCAGAGUCUUGGCUAAGUUGGCUGACCUGCAUAGCACAGAAAUUUCUCUUCAACAGCGUCUUGAAUACAUUGCACGUGCCAUUCUGAGUGCCAAAAGUUCCACUGCCAUAUCCUCUAUAGCUGCAGAUGGUGAAUUCCUACAUGAACUAGAAGAGAAAAUGGAAGUUGCAAGGAUCCAACUUCAAAUACAAGAAACAUUACAACGGCAGUAUUCCCAUCAUUCUUCAGUGCAAGAUGCAAUCUCCCAGCUUGAUGCUGAGCUGAUGGAUAUAACCAAGCUGUAUGGAGAAUUUGCUGACCCUUUUAAGCUCUCAGAGUGUAAGCUUGCAAUUAUACAUUGCGCGGGUCAUUCUGAUCCUAUCUUGGUGCAAACUCUCUGGCAAGAAAUCAUUGAGAAAGAGUUGAGCGAUAGUGUGUCUCUGAGCCCCGCUGACAGAAUGCAAGCACUUAGUCUGAAGAUGGUAUUGCUUGGAAAGAUAUAUGCUGGCACACCUCGUUACUUUCCUUUAGAUUUUUUAGUGCAGUUUCUAGAGCAACAGGUCUGCACUUUGAACUGGGAUGUAGGUUUUGUAACAUAUACCAUGCAAGAAAUUGGAGUGCCGUUGCCAAGGCUGCUUGAAGUAUAUGACCAGUUGUUUAAAGCACGGGACCCAUAUUGGAAUAGAAUGAAAAAGCCUUUACACCUUUUAGAGUGUAUUCAUGUAUUAUUAUCAGGAUAUGUACAUGAUCCAAGCAGAGUACUUCUGAGGCGACGAUUCACAAACGUUUGCUUGGAUGCUGUUAGUUGCUACCUGGUUGAACUUCAGUCUAUGAGCCCGACGCUAAUGGUGCAGACUACUAUUGGGAAUUUUAAAUCGCUACAGGCUAAAUUAGAACGGCUUCACUGAUUGACUAAUACAAUAACAGAAUCAUUAGCUCAGAUAAAAUGAACUAUGAAAUAAAAGUUCAGAUGUCUGCACUGAAUCUCUGGAAGAACAAAUCCUCAGAAAGAAAUUCUGAGAAAGUUGUAUCUCCUGCUGCAGUUACUGAUGUGUGGCCUGUAUUCGUGCUAUUCUAAAGGUAUCUACAAAUUGUAGAAUGUAAAUGUGACAAAUGGAGUUUCUUUUACUACUACCAAAUUUUUUAACAAUAGAAAGCUUUUUUUUAUACCGUUGAAAUAAAAUGCAUUAUGUGAUCUUUCCCUUGAAGAUUAAAAAUAUUUGGAAAAUAUAUUUCUUUUUCUUUACUUCACAUAAAGUAAUGGAGAAAAGUAGGAUGUAAAAUCUACUUGAUACGUGUUUUACAAGUAUCAAAACAAGAAAUGACAACUGCAGAAGGCAAGAUGAUGAUAAAAGCGCGUAUAGAUGAGUCGGAUUGUAAAUGUGGUCAUAACCAGGGAGUAGUGAUGCAAUCAUAACUCUCUGCAUGAGUUUAUUGGCAGGUCUUUUAAUAACAAAGAUAAUCAUUAUUUCAUAACUGUCACUUUAAACACAGCCUGCCUCUGUAAACAGAAUGUUUGGGAUGAAAUUCAGAAACUAGCCAUCUAAUCUGUAUUGCAAGUGAAAGAACAGUAUUAAAACCCCAUCAAA